AUGCAAUCAUCAGAUUUUUCAUAUAAACCAACAUUUUCUUCAUAUCCAGAUCGUCGUCCAGUGCGUAUUCCUAGUCGACAUCAUUCUCGUCCUAUUAUUCAUAUAAUUGAAUCAGAUUCAUGUUCAUCAAUAAGUUCAUAUUCACCACGUCAUCAUCAUCAUCAUCAUCAUCGUCGAUCAUAUUCUCAUCCAAGACAACGACGAUUUACUCAACAACAACAACAACAACCAAUUAUUCUCUUACCUAUAAAAUGUCAACAAUCAUCAACUAUGACAAAUUCUCUUCAAGGACAAUCACAACAAAAUCUUUUACCUACAAUACAAGCUCAACAACGUUAUAUUUUACCAUCAAUUUUAAAUACAAAUUCUACACCAGAUAUAAUUAAUAAUAAUCAAUCGAUGUUUCAAUUAUCUAUGCCAAGAUCUUUUGAAAACUUACAACAAAUUCAAAAUGGAUCAAUACAAUAUGUUCAAAAAGCACCAGACUUACAAUUUAUAUCAGUAAAACCACAUUCAUCAAAUGCUUCACAACAUGUUCUUGUUAAUAAUACAAAUAAGAAGCAAUCAAAUAUAAUAAAACCAAUUCAACGAUCAAUUAUAACAACGAAUUUACCAUAA